GAGCCAAUAGCGAUAAAGACUAGGAGGGCGGGCGGGAAGAGACUUCCAAUGAGCGCGGGGCGACGGCGCGCGAUGAGGCCGCCAUGACGCGGAGCUGCUCGGCGCUGGGCUGCAGCGCUCGCGACAACGGGCGGAGCCGGGAGCGCGGCAUCUCCUUCCACCAGUUCCCGGUGGACGCCGCGCAGCGCCGCGAGUGGAUCCGCGCCGUCAACCGGCUGGACCCGCGAAGCCGGCGGGCCUGGAGCCCCGGGCCCGGGGCCAUCCUCUGCUCGCGGCACUUCGCCGAGGCCGACUUCGAGCGCUACGGGCUGCGGCGCAAGCUGCGGCGGGGGGCCGUGCCGUCCCGCUUCCCCUUGGCGGAGCCGCCCCGCGGCCACCCGCGGAAAGUGCCGCUGCGGAGCGCGCUGCGGAGCCAGGACCACACGUACAGCCGCAGCGGGGCAGGGCCGGUCUCGCCCGCCGCCGGCCCCCGCCGCCUCUGCGGGCCCGUCCGGAAGCUGGCGGCGCGCCGCGGGUUGCCGCGGGCCGCGCUGCGCGUGCUGCGGGCGCUGUUUCCAGGUAGGGCCCGGCCCCGCUCCCCGCUGCCCUCCCGGCUCCUUGCUGCCCGCUCUGUCGGUGUUGUGUUUGUGAGCAGAUCUGCCCCGUGGCGCCCGGCGCUGGAGGCGGCCCGCCGAGUACUGCCCUGCCAUGAGACGGUUCGCCUGCCUGCUGCACCUCCGCCACCGCACCGCCUACGAGCAGCUGAGGAAGGUUUUCCCCCUGCCGCAUCCCGCCAGCCUGACCAAGCAAGUCUGCUCCCAGCCCUUCUGCGUGUGGGCUGGCUGUCUAACGAUGCUGCUGCUCCAGGCUUCAGCAAUGAUAUAUUCCUCCAGCUUCAAGAAAAGGUGGAGAGAGGGGAACAGGCCUACUGCUACUGUGCCCUGAUGGUACAGGAGAUGUCCCUGCAGAAGUGCCAGGAGUGGGACCGGCAGACCCAGCAUCUGACCGGCUUUAUUGACUUUGGAGCAGGCAGCCUUGAUGCUGAUGAAGCUCCGCUGGCCUCAGAAGCAGUAGUUGUCAUGGCAGCCGGUAUCUCAAGCCCUUGGAGGGCUCCCCUCGGCUACUUCUUUGUGAGCAGCAUGACUGGUUGCCUGCUGGCUCAGCUGCUUCGUCAGGCCAUCAGUAAGCUGAACAACGUUGGUGUCACAGUGCUGGCCGUGACAUCGGGUGCCACCGCGUACGGGGCUGAGACGGCGAGAGCUCUGGGGGUCAGGAUCAACCCGCAAAGGAUCCGCUGCGCUUUCCAUCACCCGCCCAGCUCCACUCACUGCAUUGCAUACUUCUUUGAUGUCUGUCAUGCUCUCCAGUUGAUAAGGAACACGCUGCAAUGCUUCCAGAAGAUACAGUGGCUCAGUGACACUGUGCAGUGGCAGCAUGUGGUGGAGCUGGCAACUUUACAGGAGAAAAAGCUGUUAGGGCUCAGGUCAGGCCAUACAGAGAGUGAAGAGACUUACCAGCUAAAGGUCAACCUUGCUGCCCAGUUGUUCAGUGAGGGUGUUGCUGAUGCACUGGAGCACCUCCAGAAGCUGGGCCUGGCCUCAUUUCAGAACUGUGGUGGUACAGUCAAAUUCCUGCGUAUGAUGAGCUGUCUGUGCGAUGUAUUUCAUGGCAGAGGUCCCUAUGGCAGUGGACUGAAGGGGCCUUUGCUAGCCAGAAAUUACAACAAAAUCAGCCCCCUCUUCCAUGAGGCCAAGAGCUUCUUUGUUACCUUAACAGACUCUACAGGGAGAUACAUUAUUAAGAGCAAACGCAGACUGGGCUUUUUGAGCUUUUUGCUCAAUGCUGAGAGCCUUAAGUGGCUUUGCAGCAACCCUGUGCUUCAAGAGGGUGCUCCUUCCCACUGCCUCCUGACCUCUGCCUUCAGCCUUGACCCGUUGGAGCAGUUUUUCUCUGCCCUCCGGCAAGCCUGCAGUGCUGGCAGUGGGAACCCCACCUGUGCCAUGUUUCAGGCUGCCUACCGCAAAGUGCUGGCUGGCUGUAGCCUGGCACCAGACACUCUGCACAGCACAGCACACAUAAGCAGCUUGGACUUGUCCCUGUCUCACAGGACAGGCCUUACCCUUGGCAGCAUUUGUUCUCAGUAUAACCCAGCUCACAGGCAGAUGCUGGCAGCUGAGCUCCCUUGUGCUGGCCUUCUUUUGUGUGACUCUUCUCUGAGCAAUGCACUUACAGACCUAUCGUUGCACAAGCAGAGCAUCACCUUUGCUGCAGGCUUAGUUGCUGAGCAAUUAGCCUCCAACUUGCAAUGUGAGGCUUGUGUUGCAUCCCUCUUUGAGUCAGAUAGGAGCAGGCUAAGGUGUGGAGCAGUGCUCUACAUCAAAAAGUUACAUGGACUAAGCCUGCCCUCAGCGAGUGUGCAUCGUGUGGCAUACAUUUCUGAACAAGUCCUGAGCAGGCACAGACAAUUGGGAGAUGACAACAAGAACUCCAAGUUAUGUUAUUUGUCUCUAGAACAGAAAAUUUUCCAUGAGCUUCUGGGACAAAAUCACCUCUUCCCCUCCCUUCCUGAGCAUUUAUGCGAGGGGGAAUUGCACCCUGACAAUCACUACACAAUCUUAGUGAAGGGAAUAGCAGAGUGUUACUUAAACAUCAGGACAAACCAAGCCCAAAAAUUGAACUUCAGUUACCACUGUGGCAGACACAGAUUGAAGAGAGUGAAGGGAAAGCAUUUGGUUCCUAUCACAGCUAGGUAGCUGUUGGUCAAGCCAAACCCAGGCAGGAUAAUGAAUAUUUAUUGCUGUCCUCUAUAGAGGCUCAGUGGCCAGAUCUGUGCAAUAGUGCCAGCAAACCACAUGUGUCUUACCAUGAUUUGCCAGGCAAAAUUAGUGUUGAUGAGUGAUGACUUGGGACACUGUGAAUGGUCUGACCCCAGUUUGAGUAGGCAAAGCAACCCUGUGAAGCAGCCACAUAUUUCAUGCAACUCAGGGUAAAUCAGGAUAGGGAACAGUUGCUUAAAAUGCCCAGGGAGGUGGCAAGUGACAGCAUGGUGUCUGCUCCUGCUGCUGGCUACAGUAGUGCUACGAGCGCUCUUGCCAUAUUUGCAAGGGGCAGGAGAUUGGUGUGCUGCUAGCUUGAUUUUACCAUUAGCACAUUUGUGAUAAAAUAAGCUGGAAGUAAGAGAAGGGAAAAUGCUUAAAAAUGGAAAUAAAUCAUAUGGAAAUAAAAUGGGACUUGAGUUGUACAUAGAUCUGAUGAGCCAGGCAUGCAAGCUGUUUAAGUCUAGAAUUUGGUGAAGAGAGGACUACAGCUACUGCAAAGCUAAACCCACGUGUCUCACAAACAAGGUAGCGGACGUGAAGCAAAUACUUGUCAUUCAAGGCACAAGGGCAGUGCUACUUCAUCAGUUGUGCAGGAGCACCACACAUCUACGUACACACAUGUUGCAGCAAGGGGAGUGUUUCACAUCCCAUACAUGGCCCCCAAGAGAUCCCCCAGUCACUGUGCAGCACAGCCCUUCAUCCUAGAGCUGGCGUUCCAUCUUGUUCAGGCUUGUACCCUGAGCUGCAAGACAGGUCUUUCCCAUGCUUAGACACUGUUUCCCUUGAACAAAGCAAUAGGCAAGGUUUCUUCAAUCGGUUCAGUAUUGUGGUGAGGAAGGUGCCUCGGUAUGCUGCGUUUUGCCUCCAACAGGAAUUUCGUGUAACUGUUGUUGCACUGCUCACAUUUUGCUACACAGAACAGAGACUGCAUCCAUGGAAAUGGGAGGAGUAUUUCCCACAAAACUCUCUGGCUAUCCAGUCCAAUUACCCAUGCAAAAAGCCAUCACUAACUGCCAUGGAACCAUUUCAGCUAGAAUACAUUUUGCAGGAAAACAUCUCAUAUGUAUGCAUUUUUUGGGUCAACUAGAAAAUGCUUCCAGAAUCCCUAUGGUUGGUUAAGCUGCAUGCUACUGCACUUGAGUUAGAAUAUUUGCAUUGCCUAAACCUCCAGCCACAAGAUGAGAUGAGUCAUAGGGGAGCAGGCACUUCCUUGCUGCAUAUUUUUUUGGCUGGAUAGAUGCCUGCUACCACUUCCUGUUUACAUCUGAGUGAGUCUGUCUUGCUUGAUGCAAACUGAGUCUUCUCCCCAAGGGGAUGCUCGUAGACAAAAAAUGUGAAUGAGACUCUGACCUCCAGUGGUGCCCAUGUCCAACAUAGUUCAUCCAUCCUUUUGCACUUCACUUAAAUUUUGAUUUGAAAGAGUUUUCAAAUUUCAAACACUGCUGAAGUUUCCCAGGGUUUAGCAGAAUUAGGCCUGAGCCAGAAGUACAUUAUUAGAAAACAAACAAACAAAGAAAAACAAGUUGCAGUUACCAGGUAACCUAGGAAAGCCAUCUGAUAUUCAAAGAAAGCUUGACAGUUGUUAUAGGAGUCCUGUGCAAAUUAAACAUUCAUUUCCGAAAAUACAGACCAGCUGUUGCCCAGCAGAAAUGCUUUUAGCUGUUCUCACACUCCAGGAACUGCCAGGUUUCAGAGGAACUGUUGAGUAUUUGUAAUGCUGCAGUUAUUGCCAGGGAAUUUUCUCCACUGCGCGCCUGUUCACAGUCUCUCUUCUGAGCACCAUCUCCCUAUGUUCACCAUCUCUGAAGCACCCACACUUGUGCCAGUACUCUGCACUUCUGGAAUCCAUACAAAUUCAUUCAAAUCAUUUCGAUAUAAUAAUUUCUUCUCUCAGUCUUCUACUGCAUCCUUGCCAUCACAUAUAUUUUUCAAGUUCAUGUAUUAUCACAUGAAACUGUGUUUGCUUUCCCUGUGCUCUGCUCAUCCUCCUUUUUCUCCUUUUCACCCCUUCUGCAGAUGCUGGCAAUCUACACUCACAGGAGCUGCUGCCACAUCUCCAGGGCUGCUCCUGCGUCCUGAUACCAUCUCACAGUGCCAAGAGCCAGAACACUAGCUGCAUUGUUACAUGCCAUGCAUGGCAAGGUGUGAAAGUACACUAAUAACCAAUGGUUUAUCUCUGGUAGGAUUCAAUCAUGUAUUGGAAAGUCAAGGCAGUACUAAACAUUUACAGAAUAGUAUAAAUGUUUAUUUUCUUUGUGAUUUAUCUGACUUUUAUUUUUACAAUAUAGAAAAGUGUAUUCUUUGAAUAGGUCUAGUAAAUAUAAAUUUAGUUUUUCUACUUUCAGAUGUAAACAGAACUACAAAAUGAACCCUUGUCCCAUUCCCAAUUAUUUUCACACAACUGCAUGAGCUUGACUGUCAAUCUUGUCCAGCAGUUUGAUGCAAAUGGCUAAGGAAGUACAAAACCCAAUCCGUACAUAUUACACCAGUGAAAAGGGAAGAGAAGAAUCCCAGCUUAAUAUUGGAGAAAGCUUGCUCAAAACAAAAUUGAAAAACUAAGAGCUUUUGAUUGCACCUUCAAAGUCUUUAGAAGCAAAAUAUUCUCAAGCAAUGCCAUCAUACAUAAUUACAACUGUAAUCUAAAUUUCACAAGUUUCUGCACACUGUAUAUAAAUACACAUCACAAAAGGUGCAAUUUAGAGAAAGACACAUAAUAUAUACAAAAUUAACAUGGAUUGAAGUCUAAACAAAAGAAGGCAUAUUGCAAUCUGUUUGAAAAAUAAUGUAAGUAGUUAUUACUUUAUUCACUUACACUAAUUUACAUUUAUACAAAUCUUACUGGACAUACUACAUUAGGUCACUAGAAAUAAACUGAAUAUCUGCACUAUGUAGGCUAUUCUGAAAGUAAUGCCUCAUUUAUUUCCACGUAAACUGCAACAAAGAGCACAGCAACAGUAUUUGACAGAGCAAAUUCUCAGCUGCAACACACUUUUUCACCACUUUUAGCUACACAUUUUCACCAGCAAUGAACGAGAGCCCAUAUGCUACGCUUGUAAAAGUCUGUACCAGAGGUGACCUGCAGUCGCCACUGUUAAAACUCACAACCACCACCUCACUGUGCUCACAUCCACUGCUUGGUCUCCAUCAACAUUCAGCAAGAGUUGGUGAAUGUCAACGGGUGCCAUUUUCUCUGCAUGGAGGAAUUCAGUGAUACACCUUCUCCUCAUGUACCUGCAUGUCAGAUGCCCUUCUGUCAGAGUGCCCCAGCAGAAUGUUGGCAGGAAGGUUCAACCUCUCGUGCCACACCACUAACAUCUGCCUCUGACGUUGUGGGUUAGCGUAAUAAAAUAGGAGGCAUUGCUUUCAGAGCAGCCCUUGUACAUGUAAGGAGUUAUUGUACUGACUUUUGAUAAACCCAAGUCUUAAUUACAGAAA